AUGUCGGACUUCUCCGCCGUGGUCACAUCUGACCUAUCUCCACAAACAUCUGUACAAGAGCUAGUCGACUUCUUGAUCGGCAGAGGCUUUUCCCAGGUGACGCACGAUUGUGUUCGCCUCAAACACAUCCCUGAGAAGCUCCAUAAGACAGGUCUGAUCAAAGUUCGUGAUCCAGACUUCGCCAACAAGCUUCUUCAAUGUCUUGAGGAUGCUCCGAUUCGUCUUCGGGGUAUGGAAGUUCGCGUGUCGAAAAUGCAAAUUGCAGGAGAGACAGUAUCCGGAAUGAAUCGACUUCAGCUCACCAGCGUGACAUGUUCAUGGUUCAAUCCUUCCAAGGUGGCUUAUCUCGAAUAUGAUGCGGACUGGAAAGCGAAGCGGGCGCUCGAACGCAUCGGGCGCCCGGACUCAAAUGAGUUCCAGGGCCGGAAGCUCGAUGUCACGUAUCAAUCAGCUCGGUCCUUGCAAGUAGGCAAUCUAGACCUGCAUACGAACGAAGCGGGACUUCGACGCUUUCUUCCAUAUCCACCGCCCACUAAGGUGACUUGGGGACCUCAAUCUCACAGUCUCACUGCGAAACAGCUAGAAGAAAGAGCUAUCACGCAACUUCAAUCGCACGGUACUCUCAUCGAAGAGUGUACUCCUUAUCCCCAGAAGGGAGGAAGUAGAACGAAGAUCAUCGCCAAGUUUAGCGAAGCAGAGGCAGCACGAAAUGCGGUCAAGAAGAUGCACGAAACUUGUCUCGAUCUCAGCUCCAAUGAUAAGAUGCAGGUCAAUCCUCUGGUUUCCAUCAAAUUGUCGGUCUCCUCUCGAAUCCUAGCAGCCAUUCGAUCACAGCUUGACCCUCUAGUCGACCAAACAUGGCGAACAGAUUACGUUAAGAUCAAGAGCUACAACACUCUGGGCAAACAAUACACCCAAGUCCGCAUCUUCGGGCAGUCCAGAGAGCCAGUUGCCAAGGCCAAGUCGGCCGUGGAGAAGCUCCUUACCGGUCAGAUCGCCACCGACGGACAUGGCCCGUUCACAGACCCGUUCUACUUCAGGCCUUCAACAAAGGACUUUCUGAACGAUCUGGGAGCGUCACAUGGGGUUUUCAUACACCAGGAUUUACGUCGAUCGGUUCUUCGACUAUACGGAGAUCACGAGGGUAUCGAACGAGUCGAAAGCGCUCUAGUGGCUAAGUGUGCAGAAUUGAGGGAGCAUUCUCACGCCGUUAUUCUUGAUCCCGAGGCUUUGGAGUUUGCCCUCAAAGGUGGAUAUCGAAAAGUCGUCGCCGCUUUCGGGAAGAACAGAGUAAAGCUAGACAUCAUCAACACCCCAAAGCGAAUCAUCGUCGAAGGCUCCACGGAAGAUGCGGUCCGGGUACGGGAGAUUAUCGCAUCGUGUGCAUCGUCUUCAUUGGGAACACACAAAACCGGGAUCUCCAAUAGCGAGGACAAAUCCGAGCUACUCUGCCCGGUCUGCUUCACCCCACCGGAAGACCCUAUCAAGACGUCGUGCGGCCACGUCUAUUGCAACCCCUGCCUCGUUUCGCAAUGCACGUUUGCCGACUCAUUUCCGCUCAGAUGUCUCGGAGAGGACGCAGCUUGUGGCUCUCCAUUGGGUCUUUCCGACGUCAAGAAAGUUCUUUCUGGAACUGGAUACGAUGAUCUUCUCCAGAAUUCCCUGACGUCAUACCUUCGUAGUCGACCAACGGAAUUCCACUACUGCUCCACACCUGAUUGCGAUCGUUUCUACAGAAUCUCGGACGCUGAAAACCCUCGAAUGUUUGACUGCGACGGCUGCCUCACCUCCAUCUGCACUAGCUGCCACCAAGGACCCCAUGACGGGCACACUUGUGAGACCAACAAACGUCUGAUGAGAGCUGUCAUAGAGGAAGACGAGAAGCUCACGAAAUGGAAGACGGACCAUGAUGUACGAGACUGCCCAAAGUGCGGGGUGCCGAUCGAGAAGGCGGAUGGUUGCAAUCACAUGACGUGCACCUCGUGCCAGGUACACAUCUGCUGGUUCUGCAUGAAGACGCUUAGCAGCGGAGGCGAGACGUACAAACACAUGCAGAGCGUACAUAGCGGUGUUUAA